UGUAGUGUGAUACGCUCAAUUAAAACUAUACAUGUUCAUGUUUAUCAGCAGAAGAUAAAAUAUUUUUUGAAAUGGGUCUGACUGAUACGCCUUAUUUAUAACUCGGACUGGCAGAUAGCCCUAUUCUAGGAUAUACUAUACGUUGGUAUGUAGGAAAAAACAAGAGCUUUUAACUACCAGUACUCUAUAAUACGUGCAGCUGGUGUUAAUGUCAUUGAAGAACUUGUAGUUGGUUGUUUCGUCUGGAAUAAAUGGCAGGGUUUACACAAAUAGCUUCAACGUCAUCUCUACCACCGGUUGAGUCGACAGGAUCGCCUCACGGGAAUCAAGUUCCCCUUGCGCAGAAUGUCCAGUCGCCCUCCCAAUCAUUGCCACAAGCCCCGCCCAUGUACAUGCAAACUGCACAGUUGCCUCUUGUUGCAUCCGGGGACUUGUCCAGACCUGGAAUGGACCAAUCAAUACCUUGGAGAGCGCCCUCUGGCGAGACAGAUUCUCCAUCCUACACUUGGCCCGACGCUCCGAGGGCAGACGUGGAGGACAACGAGAAGGUGCGGGAACCAGCGUAUAAAAUGACGCAGGCCAUAACGAAAAUCGACGGCUAUGAGAACACGAGUACCAUGGAGAGCAAACCUGCUGAAAGGCCUCACUUGCACAUACCACAAAACCAACCGAGGGGAUACAAAUCUGCUUGCAGGGACAUCCCUGACGCGGAAGCGAAACAUGCACUGGUUGACCUGACUGCCCAGCACUGUUGCUUCGGGAAACGAACGGCUAAAGAGAUGGAAAUAAGUAAGAUCGAGUAUUCAUCUGCCACUAAAUACACCUUGGAGACAUUUGUGGAAAGUCGGACAACUAAGCGAGCCUUCAUACCAUACAAAGGUCAAAACAUAGAUAGUCCAAGAGAGGGCGCCCCACCCGCUCUUUGGGACGUACCGAACCCUUUCAGUGCGACUUUGAAACCCAGCGUUACAAAAGUGAGAGUGCCACACAGCUCGACUGUCGAGACGUGUUUUGCUUGCACUGGACGUGGCUUUAACAAAUGCUUUAGGUGUAAAGGUCGAGGAAGGACCAAAUGUAAACACUGCAAGGCUACGGGUCACAAAAAGAAUGAAGACUGCGUGUACUGCCAUGGCAAAGGAGGACAGAGGUGUUUUCGGUGCAAUGGACAUGGUGUCAUAUCAUGCUCCAAAUGUGAAGCGUAUAAGCUGCUGGAAUUCUACAUCAUGCUGACUUCCACAUUUGACGUCAAAAGGGAUGAGUUCUUAUAUCAUACUGAGAAGCGGUUGCCUAGGAAACUAGUGACGAAAGGAGUUGAUGGGGUCACACUCUUUGAAGAAACCAAACAAUCGGUGGCGCCCUUGACUAACUUCUCAGUCGCUGAAGUGAACAGCCAAUCUGAAAAGUUUGCUGCAAAACACGGCAAAGUGAAAACAGAACGCAUCGUACAGCAGACGCACAAAGUGGUCGGGAUCCCAAUCGCCGAGGUCCAAUACACGUGGAAAGGCAAGGAGGGCAGAUACUGGAUCUAUGGCCAGCAGCCGCGCAAGGUCUAUGCACCAGACUACCCACAGCAGUGCUGUUGUAAAUGCAAAUGCUCCAUAUUGUAAAUAUCAUCGUCAAGGGACAGGUUUAUGUCGUCACCAUAAGUGACCGUGGCGUCAUCUUAAAGUAACCAUGACAUUACUACAUUAUGGUACUAUUAAAGCAGUUGCAGAAGGCACUUCAUGUGACAGGCACUUCAUGUACAAUAAUAGAGGUUUAGCUGCACGUUCCGCGUAAACGUGAACGUCGGAAAAUUGUGUCGUUAAAAUAUCACGUUUUUAGCAUACAUGAAGUUACCAUUUUUCACGUCAGGUACGUAUGUGCAUACAAACGUCAUACGUGAGCAUGAAAUAAGCCCAAAGUGGUGACGUCACCCAGAAACAACACAAUUUGUUGACGUUCACUCACGUUGUGCUCGCGUAACUUGCAGCUAAACCUCGCUAUUGUCACAAUGUCACAACGUCACGACAUCAAAGCACAGUCACAACAAAAUAUUCCAAUAAGUUUAACAACUUACUGGGUUUGUACACUUGACAAAACAAGGUGCGCACUAACCACAAACAUUGACUUAGGCCCUUUCUACAGAAGAGGAUCAGAGCAUACUGAUCGAAACGUCGAGUUGAAACCAACGGUUCCUUUCCGAACCUCCCCUUUCAUUUAAAGGC